AUGGUAUAUUAUGCGAACAAGGCCAAUUUUGCUAAUUCGUUGCCCGAACGAUUGGGACGAUGCGAUACCACUGGCGUGAUCAUCAUAGCUGGGUUGCACCUACAAACCGCGGCGGUCGUCGGCGCUAACAAGCGUGCGUUUCGCCAGGGGCCAGGAUCGCACUAUAUUCGUGUUCAGACGCUCGGAGCAGAGGCCGUUCCCGAGGCCGAUUCGUUAGCAACGCCUCACCUUUAUGAUCGUCUUAUUGAUCAGAUCGAACGGGCAUAUACUAAAAGGGCAGAGCAGCCCCAGGUGAUUGAGGCUAGCCAGCGAGACGAGACGAAUCCAUGGCUUCGGAGGACCCAAUGGGCCGUCUAUCUCCAAGGGAUCAACCCGCACGACCUAGUGGACUGUGUCCGAGCCCCCGAUCCCGAAUCUCUCGAUCAGACCGAGCAGGCUGCCUACGCAAUAUGGGAUUCAAUGGCCACUGUGGCUCGUAUCAGCCAGUUGAUCUGCACUAAAACGAGCCACACUAUUCGGUGCGAGGCUGUUCGGACUGAGCGGGAUCGCCUGCCCCAUCAACCACUACAAGCAUAUAUGGAUGGUGAAGCUGUUAAGCGACACACGGUCCCAUGGCAGCAGAUUCUCAUGUUUUUCACGCGCACGUAG